GUUGUAUACCACUCUGAAGAGUCUGAACUUACUGUAUGACCUCAUGUUACGCUAUAUAAUGUCUUAUAGUUUUUGCGUAUCAUGGACUGGGAGCGUCAAGGUAUAAGGCACAUGAUGUGGCCAGCCGACGUUCUUUCCAACAAGACGAGUACUUAGGUCCUCUGUAAGCCGACUAAAAUCUCAUAAGCAGACCCGGACCCCGCAAUCUUUUCUCCAUGCAGUAUCCAAGAUGCCGCAAUCUUACCGAUUCAGGUGUAGAUGGAUUCCCCCAGCCCUCUCGUUGCGAUCUGACCCAACGCCUCUCACAUUUUCCGGAGGCUGACCACAGUUUUUCGAUGUCCGCCGCCUCACACCGUACUUAAAGCGCGACGGUUGGUUUGAAUUCCCCAAGUCUGGUACUUCCUCUACUACCUUCAUCUCCCUCGCUUUCGUUUUGCUAUCUUCGCUUUCGUAUUUUUAAUUUUUUAAUCCACACAAUGUUGACCAUUGUCUUCCUUCUCUCUGCCCUUCACCUUCUCUCUUCUGCUACCCCCGUUGAACAAGAUGCCGGCGUAAAGAUCGCUAUUCACAAGCGUAGCUUGUUGACUUCUGACGAUGGUCUCGCAAAUAUUGAAGCACUCAUUGCGCAAAUACUGUUCGCCCGAAGUAAAUACCAGAAUACCUUUCGGGCAUAUCAACGUAAUACUGGAGAGCAGCAUCCUCUGGCUAUAGAUUUUCCCUUUCUCAAUGUCACCAAGAGGGAUACCGGCCCAGAACCUCUCACGGAGGAACAAGGCGGUGCUCUCUGGCAAGGUGCCAUAUCUGUUGGCACACCGGCUCAGAGCUUCACGGUCGACUUUGACACCGGAAGUAGUGACCUCUUCUUACCCGGUUCCAAAUGUACGACAAACUGUAAGGGCCACAAUCCCUAUGACACCUCAAAAUCUACCACCGCCGUCGAUCGUGGCAAGAAAUUCUCCCUCCAAUAUGGCGAUGGCUCCUCGGUGAGCGGCGAGCAAUAUAGUGAUACUGUCACCGUUGCUCGUCUGACGGGAACGCGCCAAGCUCUAGGUGCAGCCACGACGUAUUCUACCGGUUUCUCUUCUUCCAACUUCCCACCCGACGGGUUGUUAGGCAUGGCUUAUCAGUCCAUCUCCCAGUACAAUGCACCUCCUUUUUUCCAAACGCUUGUUUCCCAAGGCAAGACUACUCAACCCAUCUUCGCCUUCAAAUUGGCCGCGGCAGGUUCGGAGGUCUUUCUCGGUGGUGUAAAUGCGGCUCUGUACACGGGCAGCUUCACAACUGUCCCUGUGACAACACAGGCAUACUGGCAAGUUAAAUUGGACUCUGUCACUGCCAACAGCAAGGCCUCCGUCGGCAGCAUCCCCGCUAUCAUCGAUACAGGCACUACUCUCAUCAUCGGCGACAAUGCCAAUGUGAAGAAGUUCUAUGCCAGCAUUCCCGGUUCUAAAGAUGCAUCCAAGACUGUAGGGGUGGGAUACUAUACUUUCCCCUGUUCUUCCAUUCCUGCCGUUCAGCUCACGUUUGGUGGUAAGGCAUUCUCCAUACCACCGUCUUCAUUCAAUCUGGGACGGGCGAGUGUGGGCUCAAAGGAUUGUGUUGGAUCCAUCGUUGGUGAUGAUAUGAGUUUCUGGAUUGUGGGAGAUAGAUUCUUGGAGAACGUCUACACGUCAUUUGAUUUGGGUAAGAACCAGGUUGGGUUCGCGGCGCUAAAGUAGUCGAGACAUGUAUUUGAGCAAAUGUUGCACGAUACAUAUAGGCAGUUCAGAACUAUCACGAAGAGUGCUAGUGUAUCGUGAAGGCAUAUCAUGCAAAUAGACUAAGUAUCA